UUGUCCUUAUUUCCUAAGGGAAUGCAGAUACGGGCAGGUUCAGUGGGUGUCCAGAGCAGCAGGCAGCACGGUCGGGACGAGCACGCGGCAGGAGCAGCGAGGGAGGUGGUGCGUGGUGUGCAAUACAAGGAGCCUGAAAGCAAGAGCUGCUCAGCAGGGCAGUGAAGUUGUUUUGCAAGACAGGUGGCUGUGGGGUCUCUUUGGACAGUGGGAUUGGAAGAGAGCCAUCAUCUGCUUCCUCGAUGGUCUGCCAGCCCGUGUGUUUGAGUCAAGAUGGCUAAAGGUGACCCGAAGAAGCCCAAGGGCAAGAUGUCUGCCUAUGCCUUCUUUGUGCAGACAUGCCGUGAGGAACACAAGAAAAAGAACCCAGAGGUUCCAGUCAACUUUGCAGAGUUUUCCAAGAAGUGCUCAGAGAGGUGGAAGACCAUGUCAAGCAAGGAGAAGGCUAAAUUUGAUGAAAUGGCAAAGGCUGAUAAGGUACGAUACGAUAGAGAAAUGAAGGACUAUGGACCAGCUAAGGGUGGCAAGAAGAAGAAGGACCCCAAUGCCCCAAAACGACCACCGUCUGGCUUCUUCCUGUUCUGUUCAGAGUUCCGCCCCAAGAUCAAGUCCACAAACCCUGGCAUAUCCAUCGGGGAUGUAGCAAAGAAACUUGGUGAAAUGUGGAACAACCUCAGUGAUGGUGAAAAGCAGCCUUAUAAUAACAAGGCAGCUAAGCUGAAGGAGAAGUACGAGAAGGAUGUUGCAGACUACAAGUCUAAAGGAAAGUUUGAUGGCGCAAAGGGAGCAGCAACCAAAGCUGCUCGGAAAAAGGUAGAGGAAGAAGACGAAGAGGAGGAGGAGGAUGAAGAAGAGGAGGAUGAAGAUGAUGAUGACGAAUAAAACUGUACAAUACUUGUCUCCAUGUGAAUACCAUAGAGUAGGGGAAACACCGCAAAUGAAGCACCUCUUAUUUGAGAUGGUGUCUCUUGCCCUUAUUAGGCUUAAUUAAAAAAAAAUUGGAUUCCGAUCGCGUUGUAGUUUCUAAAAGUGCUCUAGAAAUUGUAACUGGUUUACAUGAAGUGGCCAUGGGUGUAGUGAGCACCCUGAAACUGUAUCAAAGUUGUACAUAUUUCCAAACAUUUUUAAAAUGAAAAGGCGCUCUAGUGUUCUCCUAACUCUGUGCACUUUGCUGUUGGUGUAACAAAGCAUUUAAAAAUGUUUCAAGCAUUUUUUUAAUUUGUAAGGUGGUGUUACUAUAUGGUUAUUGGCUAGAAAAUCCUGGGUUAUAAACUGUACAUAUCUAUAGUUUGUAAAAACUAGACAGAUUCUUGUGGUACAUGCUUAGAGUUAUGAUGCCUUAGAGGAGCAGUGAUUACUGGGAAAGGCUGUACGUUCCACGGGGUGCCAUGGCCCAAAGCAUGCACUGUGAGGGUAGAUCUAUUUACACUACAGUGGGCGUCCAUUUAGCUUAAAGUUGUCUUUCUGUAUAUAGUGAAAUAGCAUUCUGCUGCCAUUCUUAGUUGUGGAAGGGGGUUCAGCUGGCAUGAGAAGUGUAUGGAUUUUUUUAGUUAAGUGCGGUAGUUUUUAAACUGAAACUGUAGACAUCUCUUCAUUGUCAACUAAGUGAAGAGCCAGUGCAGCAACUGAAGUUCAAAAACACUCUGUACUUAAACAAAUUUGCAACGUUCUGUUUUUUUUGUAUGUUUAGAAUGCUGAAAUGUUUUUGAAGCAAAAUAAACAGUAUUACAUUUUUAAAACUGUUCUUGACAACACUCUAAAUUUCUGGUUUAAAAGGAUCUUAACAACAGCGAGAAAGAGGUUCAUUUUGAAGUCUGUGGCAUCCCUCAGGGCUGGUGACUUAGGAAACAUUCUGACUCAAGGAUUAAAAAAUAAUAAAUAAAUAAAUGGUGGCCAGCCAAAACUGGCUGAAUUGAAAGAGAUGGCUGCUCCAGCUAAUAUGCAAUCGUAACUGUUUAUGGCUGAGUGGCAUAAGAUGCUAUGCAAGUUUGAACUUUAUUACUUGAACUUGGGAGCCUAAAUGAACAUUCAUGACGUAAUUGUUUGUUUGUGUGUGUAUAUAGCAGCAUUCAGAGAUGCAGAGAAAGGUAGGUGGCUAGGAAUGAGGCUGACACCAUGGAAUACGUAUAAAAGCAUAGUUUGGAUUUUUUUUUCAGUUGUGUUGGGUAAAUUUAUAGCCCAAAUGCAUUGCUGUACAUAUUAAAAUGUGCCUUUUUUGUCCUGUGUUAAA